GCGGGCUUCGUGGGGUUUGGUGUGGCGAGGCUCGUGGUUAGGCUGCGAAUUUUCAAUCCGGAGAGCUUUCCACAUUAGUUAUUUCUCGCUUCACAAAAUUGUCUGAUCCUCCCAACCUCCGAUCCUUCUUUCUCUUCUCCUAAAUUAGUUGCCUCUGCUCCUUCAACGCUGAAUUACUGUAAUUCUGAAUCUUUAAUUCUUUGUUCCUACCCAUCGCCACCGUUAUAAAAUUAUCAGAGUCAACGAUUUAAACCCUAGAUUUGUCUCCUGUGAUUGGCCAUCAGAGUUAGGGUUCUCGUUCUAAAGAAGUCAUGGAUGACUGCUGUGCUGUUUGCGCCGAACCUUUGGAAUGGGUUGCGUACGGUCCCUGUUUGCAUCGGGAGGUUUGCUCGACCUGCGUAGCUCGUCUCCGUUUUAUAUGCGACGAUCGCCGUUGUUGCAUCUGCAAGACCCAAUGCGACUGUGUUUUUGUCACAAAGGCUCUAGGAGAUUUUACAAGGAUGAUUAAUAACUUCUCAGUGCUGCCAUCAGAUGCAAGGGAGGGUAAGGUGGGUUCAUACUGGUACCAUGAAGAUACAAAUGCUUUUUUUGAUGAUGUGGACCACUACAAGAUGAUCAAGGCCAUGUGCAAGCUUUCAUGUAGUGUAUGUGACAACAUGGAGGAGCAAGCACCUGAUGCCUCAAAGCGUCGAGCAAGGUUUAGGAAUAUAGAACAGCUAAAGGGUCACUUGUUCCGCUAUCACAGGUUGCUCAUGUGCAGUCUAUGUUUGGAAGGAAGGAAGGUAUUCAUUUGUGAACAAAAACUAUACACUAGAGCACAGUUAAAUCAGCAUAUAAGCACUGGUGAUUCUGAGGUGGAUGGAAGCGAGAGCGAGAGAGGUGGUUUUAUGGGGCAUCCUAUGUGUGAAUUCUGCCGAACCCCAUUUUAUGGGGACAAUGAACUAUACACUCAUAUGUCGACAGAACAUUUUACUUGUCACAUAUGCCAAAGGCAACAUCCAGGACAAUAUGAAUAUUAUAAGAAUUAUGAUGACUUAGAGACCCACUUCCGUCAAGAGCACUUCCUAUGUGAAGAUGAAGCUUGCCUUGCUAAAAAGUUCAUUGUAUUUCAAUCUGAAGCAGAGAUGAAGAGGCAUAAUGCUAUUGAACAUGGAGGGCGAAUGUCAAGGUCAAAACGCAAUGCUGCUCUUCAGAUUCCAACUAGCUUCCGAUACAGACACAGUAAUCAACAAGAUCAACGGCGUGGAAGAGGUCGGACAUUUCGUCGUGAUCCUUCUGAAAGUGAACUUUCUUUGGCCAUUCAAGCCAGUUUUGAGACAGCAAGUGCAGAGAGCACAAGUCAUGAUCUAGCUACAUCAAGCAGUGGACAAGUUGCUCUUGGUUAUGGGGACUUUGAUAAUGAGCCAGGCAUUCAAUCAUCUGAAUCCUUAGCUACAUCAAGUUCUGAAUUGCCUUCAAGAUACCUCCAAGCCUUGGGACAAAAUUCAAGGAGUUCACCAUUGGAAGAUUCCUCCUUCCCUCCACUUCCCAUAGCAUCAAUCAAUGGCCAAGCAAAGCCCAAAAAUGAAUCUGAAGGUUCAUCUAGCAAUACUAUGGCAGCACAUUUGCGUCGACACAGCAACAGAAAUGUAUCUGCUCUUAACCCUGCUAAUGGAUGGCCAGUUGCGAGUCGUGGAUCUGUGCAGUCAUCAAGUAAUCCUAUGCAAUCUAAAAAGUCAACAAAUGUUGCUUCUGGAGUGUCAGGUAAUUCCAGUCAGACAAAGACUGUCAUUAAUCGUGGGCUGGCACCUUCAACCUAUGCUAGUUCUGUCGAGACUACACAGAGAACUGCUCAUGGACAUUUGUCUCCUGGCAUGUCAAGGGAAAUACGUGACAAUGGUAGAAUUGUUCAUUCUGUUUCUGCUCCAAAUCUCAUCGAAAGUAGUCCUUUGCAGUCGGAACCCUCAUUUUCUGAUUUUCCUCCAGUAUCUGCUACAAAAGUCAACAAGCUGCCUGCAACUAGCCAGUCUUCGACGAUGACAAGUGCGGAGGGUGUUGAUUCUGCUGCUAAUAAGUCCUUGGUUGAAAAGAUUCGUAGUGCUCUUGAUUUUGAUCAAGAUAGAUACGCCAUUUUUAAAGACAUCUCUGCUCAGUAUCGCCAUGGAAUAAUAGAUACAGGAACAUAUUUGGAUUAUGUGCAGCAGUUUGGCUUGUCUCAUCUUGUACUUGAGUUAGCUAGGCUGUGCCCCGAUCCACAGAAGCGGAAAGAACUUGUUGAUUCUUACAAUGCGAGUUUGCAAAGAAUUGCUUUUCAAGAAAAUGAUUGGGGUGGCAGUAGUAUCCAUCACAAAGAUGGCAAGGUCUCCAAGAAAGGGAAAGGUAAAGGUAAAGGUAAAGGGAAGUCUAUAGAUGUUGAAGAGAGACACUUUAAGGAUAAUUUAGAAGAUAGCUUUAUAAGCACUGUACGUCAAUUACAGUUGAACCAUAAACCUUCGGAAGAGAAUGCAGAGGUCCUAUCAAAGGGUGAUUACCGUAGUGCCAGAGGUAAGUCGAAAAUUUUGGCUGAUGAACAACUGAUUGGUACAAAUUCUCGUAGUGUAGCCAACCCAAAGCAUGCUGAGCAGAGUGAAGCAUCACUUGGCAAGAUUCCUAACCAAAGGAAAGAUGAGGGGGCUGGUGGGAGCAGGCAACGCAAAAAAGCUUCCAAGUUCAUUAGAAUGCGCCUCGGUGAUGGUUCUGUAGAAGCAUUGUUGGAUCUUAGGAGUUCAAAUGCCGGCUCAGAUCCUGGAUCAACAGAGGCCUUGGAUGGUAAUAAAAGCGAUCCUGGGGGGCUGCCUGUGCGAGGUGUCUGGCGGAAUGGAGGAGGUCAUAAACUCUUUUCCUAGUUCUUUUUCUUAGUCUUGGGAAAGCGAAGGAUUUCGUAUAGUUGAGUUGGCCGGCAAAGGAACAACAGUUGAAAUGAACAGAAGAAAUCCAGAAAAUUUAACUUGUAUCCAAAUGGGGUAGAAUUUUUGGUUCAGCGAAGUCGUGAAUUUCUGGCAUGUUGAAUGCGUAGUGUCAUUUGCCUGCAUGGGGGAUUGGUUUUUGCUUGGUUCGACGUUAUAUUUUGAUCAAGUGUUUAUACUUCAUAUAUACACAAUGUACAUGCGAGAGCACAUUGGUUAGAGGCCAAGAGCUCUGUUUUCUACUGUUUCUGUUGCUGACGUUGGGAGUCGUGAUAUUUUUUUUUUGGUUGGUGAACAGUA